AAUAAAAUUCACUAUAAAGAACUGAAAGAACUCGGAUGGAAAAGCACAAACCGGAUUUAGCACGAACGUUUUGUGAUGUCUGAAGCAUUUGAAAAUGACGAUAAUGGAGAUUUAAAACAAAUGAGAGAGUUAGUUUACGAUCUUAUACGGGGAAUUAUUGAUCCUGAAAAACCAGAAACUUUAGAAGAGCUCAAUGUGGUCUCUGAAGAAGACGUAUCUGUUAGUCGAUUAAAUAAAGAUUACCUGAUAAAAGUUGUGUUUGUUCCCACAGUGCCUCACUGCUCCUUGGCUUCUCUCAUUGGAUUAAGCAUCAGGACAAAACUGGAGACAAGUAUUCCUGACAAAUUUAAGCUGGACAUUUUCAUAAAAGAGGGAACACACGAGACAGCUGAUGAUAUAAAUAAACAGAUCAAUGACAAAGAGAGGAUAGCUGCAGCCAUGGAGAAUCCGAACCUACAGCGGAUUGUCAACCAAUGUCUGGAAAACUCAUGACCUUUAACCUUGCUGUCUCUACAAACUGUCUCAUUCAGACCAUGGGAAGUGUGGAAUUAAGUGAUACAAUGACAGUAUUAAUCAAAGUUAUAAAAACAAAAUUGGAGUUACUUCUCUUGGUUUACUUACAUAGACUAUGAGAGAACUCACUGCAGACAGUGUGGUUAUACUACAGACAGUGAUGCUACUUCUCCUGCAGUCUUAAUACAUGUAUAUUCUUUUGUCAUGACAUUGAAUUUUGUGUAAAAAUGUUGUGAGACUACAAACCGUUACAGCUCAGAUUUAAUUUAUACAUUUAGAUUUAUUCCUUGAACAUGCUGAAAUAUAAGUUACAAGAGUGCAAGAAGUGAAGCGAAGACGUCAAUCAAAUUCUUAGAAAGACAUUAAUCUUGUCCUUUGAGUCCGUAUGUAAUGAGGUAUUUUUAAUGAAAUGCUAGUUAUCAAUCAAAGUUAUUCAUCGAGCUCUAAACAUUCCCUCCUUUGCAAUACAAAUUAGAAAUCAUAUACCUUAGAAUUGUUCUCGUAAUUAUUGAUAGACGAAGUGUGCAUGUGCAUCUUGCAUGUAUAUGUACAGUUAUACAAGUCUUCUUACUACAUGUAGCUAUGUAAAGAUAUCAAAAUGUGGAGUAUUCUCUCAUAUUCCAUAUGUCUUUAGAUAAUAAAAUGCGAAAGGGCAUUUCCUUUAUAAAUCAAAUAAACUUUCAAGUUUUAAUUUAAGUCGUCCCAAAGAGAAGCCAGCAUUGACACAUUAAUCAGAGGACAUUUAUUCUGUCCUUGUCACGUUAUAUAAAAAUAAUGUACUAGAUCUAGAUAAAUUACCACAUGUACAUCCAUUCGUUAAUUUUAUAGCAUGUAAAUUACAUUUACACUUUGUUGAAUGAAAUAAAAAAUUGGAACCAUC